GAGCUUUGUUGACAACUUGGAGCUGCGCAGCCGCAGAGGGCACAUGUGUCAGCACAGAAGUGAAGUUGUGUUGUGUAUGUGAAGAAGGUUGACUUUGUCUGCAACUAUUCUUUCAGAUAUCCACAACAGCACCAAGGCAAGGCAAGGUAUCCGUGCAGGUGGAAUAGCCUUGCGAUGACGUCGCUGCUCCGUUUGGGGGUGUGGAGGUUCAGGCCGGGUGGCAGCCGUCGGUGGCAUCAAGACAUCACCAUAUGUAGCAGCUGUCCCAAACAGCAGCAGCAUCAGCAGCAGCAGCAUGUCACCAUGUGUAGUAGCAGCGCACCGGAGCAGUACAUCCAAGGACAGAGCCCAGAGCCACGUGUCAGGGAGUACUUUUAUUACCUGGACCACCAAGGACAGCUCUUUCUGGAUGACACCAAGAUCAAAAACUUUGUCACCUGCUUCAAAGACCCGCAGUUCCUGGUGUUCUUCUUCUCCCGCGUGCGGCCGAACCGCCAUGGCCGCUACCAGGAGCACUUCCCCUUCGUCUCGUUGUGCGGGCGCGAGCGCAACUUCCUGCGCUGCGAUGACCAGCCCGUCGUCUUCACCCACCUGCUGCCGCCACCACCGUCGCCCGCAGAGACCACUGCUGCUGGCCCCGCCCCCCAGCUGCUCUCCUACUGUGGCGGGGGCGGCAAACUGGUGGAGAAGUUCCGACCGGAGGCACUGUAUGUGCGGAGGGGCUGUGGACGUGUCUACCACCCGGCCUCGGAGCGCGUGGGAGGGGUGGGCCUCGUCCGCUCCGCGCUCGCCAUGCAGCUCAGCUCUCACUUCCAGUACCCCACGCCCGGACAGGAAGGGACGCCCACUCACUUCCUGUGGGAGGGGCAACGACAUGAACUGACCAAUGAGCUGGCAGAACUCUUACCCGCCAUAGAGGAGGAGGAGGAAGAGGAGGAGUCAGGAAGAGAGACAUGAACUGGUGUGUGUGUGUGUGUGGGUGUGGUGUG